AAAUCACUUUUGAGUUACAAAUUUUUCGAUCCUCUGAUGAACAAGAAGCAGAGGGUAUCUCACUUGAACAGUCAAGUCCAGACAGCAUUUAGUGGCCAAUUGCAGGCCUACGGCGAGAAAGCCACUGCUGCCCGUCCACCAUCUGUAUCCCCUGCAGCCACCAUUACUCUCCCUUCUCAGACACUGCCUCCUAAACUCCUUUCCGCUUACAACCCUCCUCAGACCAUCAGUUCCACCUCUCCCAGCACCUCUGAUGGGCGGGGAUCACAAAACUUGCUGGUGAACAGCUUCAGCCAAAGUAACAGUAGCAUCUGUGAGAACCAGCAACAAAAAUACACCUCUCAGACUCCUUUGGGCACCCAACCUCCAGCUGUGAUGCGGGUGAAGUCUCCCAAGUCUGCAAGAGAGAAGUAUGCGCUAUGGUACCAAAAUCCUGAAAAGGUAAAAAAACAUGAGGAGAAGGACAAAAGCAAAGUGCAGGACACGAAGAGAGUGAACAAGGAGAAAGACAUUAGAAAAGAAGAAACUGCCAUGCUGGAAGAAUCCUCCUGUUUGGAUUCAGGUGAAGGAGUUCAGGAAACUUACGCUGCCUUCACAGAUCCUCCUUCACCAACAACUGAACAACCAGACUAUGUAAUAAAAUACACAGAUAUCAUCUCAAAAGAGCAACGUGAGAGUUACAAGGGAGACUUCUAUGCAGAGUAUGGUGAAUACAGGACUUUGCAUGCUUGGAUAGAGAGUAUCACCAAAAGAUUCAUGAAGUUUGAUGCACGACGAAAACGUCUUUCUCCAGAGUCCAAGGAAUAUCGGGUACUUCAUGAAGAAGUUAUAGAAGAGUACCAAACAUUAGUACAGUCUAGUCCCAGCUACCAUGAACAGAAGAGCAGAUGCGAGUAUCUCCACAGCAAGCUGUCUCACAUCAAGAGACUGGUUGUGGAAUUUGACGAGCACAAGCAGAAUUAUGACACUAGUCUUCUGCUUUGA